GGCAUUCACCACUGAUAUAAAGUUACUAUAUCUGUGGCAUUCACCAUUCACCAAAGAACAAACGUGGUAUCAAGAAGCAAAUACUAAUAAUAUGAUAUAUUAUCUUAUAUUCGUAUAACGAAUGUCCAUGUAACGAAAUAAAUAAGAGAAGAUUAUAAUGAAUGCCAAUAAAAGUUUUGACUAUGAUCAUAUUAUUGACGAAUUACUGAUGAGCGAAAACUAUACAGCUGAAAAAUAUUAUAUUGAAGGAACUGAGAAAUCUUCUAAAAAUGCAUACAGUGAAGGUUUUACCAUUGGUUUUCAAAAAGGUUUUGAUAUUGGAUUAGAAAUUGGUUUCUAUGCUGGGAUUUUAAUUGGUAUAAAAAAAUUACUCAAAUCAAAAAUAAUUAUUCUUUCUGAUAAAGAACUUAACAUUUUACAAAAACUUUCAAACUUAAUUGAAUUAUUUCCUCAGAUAAAUGAUAAAAAUGUUGAUAUCAUUGAACAAUAUAAUGAACUAAAAGGAUUAUACAAAAAAUUUUGUUUCAAUUUAAAAAUUAAAGAUUUAGACAAAAGGGUUCUCAAUUUUUCAAAAUGGAACAAUUAAGAUCUAAAUUAGAAGAAGUUAUUAUUUAUUUAAAACCAUAUUUACCUAUUGCCAAUAGCCAUGUAGUUAAUUUUAUUACCCAUAAUUUUUGGGAAACUAUAAUACCUCGUGAUAUACAGGAAGAAAUUGAUUUAAAAGGUACAGAAUUCGUGUUUUCAAAUUUUUGGUCGGAAAAUCAAAUUCCUGAUUCUCUUACACAUUUUGUUACUUCUACAAAAUAUAACAACUUAAAUUCUUAUCCGAGUAGUUGUUAUAUGAAAUUAGAUGAUGCAUAUAAUGUACUUAAAUCUUGGGGUUAUAAGCCUAUGAAUAAUUCACUUAAUUUAAAAGAAUUUAUGGGUGCUAAGAAAAUGCAUGAAGUAGAAGUUAUGGCCAAAUUAGUGGCAGAUUUUUCUAAGUAUGCUGGUACCGACGUUAUAAUUGAUAUUGGAGGUGGAAAAGGAUAUUUAAGUUCCCUCUUAGCUUUAGCUUACAAUUUCAAUGUGCUUGGUAUCGAUUCACAAUCAAUCAAUUCUGAAGGCGCUAGAAAUCGAACAAUCAAAUUUGAGAAAUAUUGGCAGUCCAUUAAAAAAAAAUCAAACAACUUUCCUGAAGAAAAACUAACGCCUCCAAUAAUAAAAGAAAAACUUGAUACCUAUGAAGAAUAUUAUGAAAAAUACAGCAGAAAAUCAGCUGUGCUGGGUAGUACCUAUAAACAAAUUACAGAAUAUGUUACUGAGAAUACCAACAUUGCUCAUUUAGCUCAAACUGAAUUUGAAGUAAAUAACAAAGAAGAGUUUACUUUAAUUGGACUACAUACGUGUGGUUCUUUAGGUACUACAUGUUUAAAAUUAUUUACUGAACCUAAAAAUAAUUUAAAACUUUUGGUGAAUGUUGGUUGUUGUUAUCAUUUAAUUGAGGAAGAAUUCACCAAUGAUCCAUUUUGGGAUGAUAUUGAAAAUGAAUUAAAUAAAAAUGAAUCUUAUGGUUUUCCUGUAAGUAAUUGUCUAAGAGAAAAAAAAUUUCAACUUGGGCGUGAUGCAAGAAUGUGUGCAUCUCAAUCACCUGAUAAAUUUUUUAAUUCUAAAGACAUAAUAAAUUCAACAAAACCACUAUUCUACAGAGCCUUAUUACAAGUUUAUUUAGUACAAGAACUUGGGCAUGACAAUAUUAGUAGAUGUCAUGUUGGACGAUUAGCACAUAAAUGUUUGACUUUUAAUGAAUACGUACAUAAAGCUGUAAAACGAUUACAAUUAAAUAUUGAGAUUGACAAUGAAAAAAUAAAUGCGUUUUAUGAUAAAUAUCUGAUUGAAUAUGAACGAUUAAAAGUAUUUUUUAUUUUAAAACAAGCAUUAGCUCAAGUUAUUGAAGGACUUAUUAUAAUGGAUAGAUUACUGUACCUCCAUGAGCAGGGAAUUAAUGAAGCUUUUGUCGCCAAACUUUUUGAUCCAUUAUUAUCUCCUAGAAAUCAUGCAAUUAUUGCAUUAAAAAAAAACUAAACUUAAAUAAAAAUAAAGAUUAUACUUUACA